AUGCUUGACAUGACACAACAUCGUGAUCGUGCACGAAUUGUCUGCAAGGCUUGUCAUGCCAGAAAGGUCAAAUGUAAUCUCGAGGAUUCAUUAAAUGGUGCUUGCUACAACUGCAUCAGGCGCAAGUUAUCGACAGCCCUCAAUGAUCCUUCGUCCCAAGAAGACCAGUCUCCCAACACUGCACAUCUUCCCUCCCCGAAAGGGCAACAUGACAAUGGCACUGUUCCGCCAGUCCACGCGCCCGCUGCAUCCGUCAUUUCGGAAACAGGCGAUCGUUCCGGCUACGUGGGAGAUGAAUCUGCUUUGGCCUGCGGGCCAGACUCGACCAGCGAGAUCCAAGCUCUGGAAACAGACACACCUUGUGGCUUGGAUGAGAUAUCGCAGAACAUGCUCCGAGUUAGUGGAGCCUUGUCACUUCCAGGGCACGUCAUGACUCAAGCAAUGAUCGACCUGUAUUACACCCACGCUUUCCAUCGCAUGCCUGUGAUUGACAAGGCAGACUUACUCCCCGAUGGCACCUCGGCCUUGCUCACCCACGCAAUUUGUAUGCUGGGCUUGCUUCUGCGACAUCCACAGAACACAUCGAACCGAAUCCUGGCGUAUCCGCAUUACAGAAAUGCUAAGAUACUCAUCACCCUCAACUAUGAGCAGGACAAUCGGACAGCCCUGAAAGCCAUGUGUCUUCUGACCGCUUGGAGCAUGCAGCCACCAAGUGGUGUCUCGCUUGACAGUCCAUGGCACUGGAAUGGAGUAUCACUCAGACUGUCGCUGCAAAUGGGCUUACACCGUGAAUCGACGUACCGUGGCAGGGCUGAUACACGUAUCACUCGUCGAAUAUGGUGGACAGUAUACGCUAUCCUCGUUCUCCAGGCGGCAUGCUUUGGUCGGCCAUUAGGCAUCACUCUGGAUGGCUUCGAUGUCAACCUACCUCGGCCUGAAGAUUUUGAAGAGCCAAAUGACCAAGCUCUAGUCUUUAUUGAACAUUGCAAACUGAUUGUGAUCAUGGCCCAAAUUCUGGAGGCUAAUGUUAAAAGGCGACGUCAACACUCUUUCGAUGUCACGUAUAUCAUGGUGGCACUCCAGGACUGGAUCCGACAGGUGCCGGCACAAUUACAGCUUUACGAGGGGAACAGAAGGAAGCCAUAUUACCGACUCGCCUGUGAACUCAAUGUCAUCUACUGCGUCUGCGUCAUUCUGUUCUUCCGCAUGUGUGCCAACGCAUAUCAUCAGCCGAUUGCCGACCAAUGCAGUCUGAUUGCUGCAUCUCGCAUUGCCCGGCUGUACGAAGAGAUGGCCUUUAGGGAUGACAUCAACUUUCUACUACCCAUCAACAACUACUUCGCUAUGGUUGCUGGAGCGCAAUUGAUUGCAAGGUUGAAGUCGCUUCCCACCCCUUCCGAGACACUCAACGAGGAGGUAAAGAUUAUCAGAGUCAAUAUGCUGGAGAACAUGAGCAUCAAAUGGCCAGCAGCCGGAGCUGUGCUCACUCGCUUGCGAUACCUCGAGCAAGCAUCUGUCCGAAGCACCAAUCAUGGGACUUCAGGUCCCAACUUCGACGAGGGUGGCACCGCCGCCCCCCUCAGCAAUGAACAGUCCGACAAUGUUCUCGCCUCGUUGUUUCCCUUUCCUAAUACUACGUCCUCUGAAUCGGAGCCAUCGCAGACCUACGAUCGAACCCCUACCAUCACCGCUACAGCAGAUUCUUUGCCCAUGAAUCAUACAAAUAGUAACGCAAUGCAAUGGAUCUUGGGUGAUGAUUAUCUUGACCUUGGAAUGUUUGAUAUUGUAUUCGAAGAGAGUCAGACUUGGGCUGAUUUUCAUACUUUGGCGGCUUUUUAG